GCGCGCCGACGCUGGGCCAGCACUGCUUCGCCCGGGGCGCGGGCGGACGCGCGCCGCAGUCGGAGCCUCAGACGCGCGGGCGCAGAGGACAGCGCGCAGCUGCCAGAGGCUACAGCUCGGUCCAGAGCCGGCGACAUCUGCGCUGCAGGGUCCUGGGCAGCCGCGCCGGGGCUGAGUGGUGGGCGCGGCGUCACAACGAAUCUUUGUGAUAUUCUUCCUCAGCACCUGCUGGCAACUUUCACCAUCAUCCUGGGAAAAGGGCGGCUUCAGACGUCAGGGGACUCCUGGCUGAGGAGAUCUUCUGGAGAGCAAUGCUAAGAAGACUUUUGGUUUAAAGAAAUAAAAGGAAGAAAACUUAUUCAGAGAAGAGGACCUUCUUCAAAGUUCCCUUCGUGAAAAUUAUUUAAACGUUGCACACAAAUCUUUUGUGAAAGAAGAAAAGGAAAAUCAGUUUGUGGGUCGCAGCAGGAAUUAAGCUAAUGCAGCUUAAAAUAAUGCCGAAAAAGAAGUGCUCAUACGCAGGCAGAGUGCCCCUGAUUCUUGUCCUGUGCCAGAUGGUUACCACACUGGAAGUACCUCUUGAUCCAAAACUUCUUGAAGACUUGGUACAACCUCCAACCAUUACUCAACAGUCUCCCAAAGAUUACAUUAUUGACCCUCGGGAGAAUAUUGUCAUCCAGUGUGAGGCCAAAGGGAAACCUCUUCCAAGCUUCUCCUGGACUCAAAAUGGGACUCAUUUUGACGUAGAUAAAGACCCGCUUGUCGCCAUGAAGCCUGGCUCAGGAACCCUCAUAAUCAACAUCAUGAGCGAAGGGAAAGCGGAGACCUAUGAAGGAGUCUAUCAGUGUACAGCCAGGAAUGAACGUGGAGCUGCAAUAUCUAAUAAUAUUGUCAUCCGCCCAUCCACUUUUCAAAGACUUCCACAAAGCGAGAGGGUUUCCCAGGGUCUAAAUGGAGACCUGUAUUUUUCCAACGUUCUCCCAGAGGAUACCCGUGAAGACUAUAUCUGUUAUGCCAGAUUUAAUCAUACUCAAACCAUACAGCAGAAGCAGCCUAUCUCUGUAAGGGUGAUUUCAGUGGAUGAAUUGAAUGACACAAUAGCUGCUAAUUUGAGUGACACUGAGUUUUAUGGUGCUAAAUCAAAUAGAGAGAGGCCACCAACAUUUUUAACUCCAGAAGGCAAUGCAAGUAACAAAGAGGAAUUGAGAGGAAAUGUCCUUUCACUAGAGUGCAUUGCAGAAGGACUGCCUACCCCAAUUAUUUAUUGGAUAAAAGAAGAUGGAACACUACCCAUCAACCGGACAUUUUAUAGGAACUUUAAGAAAACUCUGCAGAUCAUUCAGGUUUCAGAAGCCGACUCUGGAAAUUACCAAUGUAUAGCAAAAAAUGCGUUAGGAGCCAUCCAUCAUACCAUUUCUGUCACAGUUAAAGCGGCUCCAUACUGGAUCGUGGUACCUCAGAAUCUUGUGCUCUCUCCAGGAGAGGAUGGGACCCUGAUCUGCAGAGCCAAUGGAAACCCUAAACCCAGAAUUAGCUGGUUAUCCAAUGGAGUCCCAAUAGAAAUUGCCCCUGAUGACCCCAGCAGAAAAAUAGAUGGCGAUACCAUUAUUUUUUCCAAUGUUCAAGAAAGAUCAAGUGCGGUGUUUCAGUGCAACGCCUCUAACGAAUAUGGAUAUUUACUGGCAAAUGCAUUUGUAAAUGUGUUGGCUGAGCCACCACGAAUCCUUACGUCUGCAAACACCCUCUAUCAGAUCAUUGCCAACAGGCCCGCUUUACUGGACUGUGCCUUCUUCGGGUCACCUCUACCUACUGUUGAGUGGUUUAAAGGAGCUAAAGGCAGUGCUCUUCGUGAAGAUAACUAUGUUCUACAUGAAAAUGGAACUUUGGAAAUUCCUGUGGCCCAAAAGGACAGUGUAGGAACUUAUGUAUGUGUUGCAAGGAAUAAGUUAGGAACAGCAAAGAAUGAAGUUCACUUAGAAAUCAAAGAUCCGACAAGGAUUAUUAAACAACCAGAAUAUGCAGUGGUGCAAAGAGGGAGCACAGUGUCCUUUGAAUGCAAAGUAAAACACGAUCACACCUUAAUCCCCACUGUCCUGUGGCUGAAGGACAACGGUGAGCUGCCCAGUGAUGGAAGGGCCACUGUUGACAAAGACCAUUUGGUGGUAGCUGAUGUAAGUGACGAUGACGGUGGGAUCUACACAUGUGUGGCCAACACAACCCUGGACAGUGUUUCAGCCAGUGCUGUGCUUCGCGUUGUCGCUCCUACUCCAACUCCAGCUCCCAUUUACGAUGUCCCAAAUCCUCCCUUUGAUUUAGAAUUGACAGAUCAACUCGACAAAAGUGUGCAGCUCUCGUGGACCCCAGGCGAUGAUAACAACAGCCCUAUUACAAAAUUCAUCAUUGAAUAUGAAGACACAAUGCAUGAGGCAGGGCUGUGGCACCACCAAACUGAAGUUUCUGGAACACAGACCACCGCCCAGCUGAAGCUGUCGCCUUACGUGAACUAUUCCUUCAGAGUGAUGGCAGUCAACAGCCUGGGGAGGAGUAGGCCCAGCAAGGCCUCUGAACAGUAUUUGACUAAAGCCGCAGAACCGGAUAAAAAUCCUACAGCUGUGGAAGGACUAGGAUCAGAGCCUGAUAAUUUGGUGAUUACGUGGAAGCCCUUGAAUGGUUUCGAGUCGAAUGGGCCAGGCCUUCAGUACAAAGUCAGCUGGCGCCAGCAAGAUGGCGAUGAUGAAUGGACCUCAGUGGUUGUGGCAAAUGUAUCCAAAUACAUUGUCUCGGGCACGCCGACCUUUGCUCCAUACCUGGUGAAAGUUCAGGCCCUCAAUGACGUGGGCUUUGCUCCAGAGCCAGCUGCAGUCAUGGGCCAUUCUGGAGAAGACCUCCCAAUGGUGGCUCCCGGGAACGUGCUUGUGAAUGUGGUGAACAGUACCUUAGCCGAGGUGCGCUGGGAGCCAGUACCUCCGAAAAGUAUCCGAGGACACCUGCAAGGCUAUCGGAUUUACUACUGGAAGGCACAGAGUUCGUCAAAAAGAAACAGGCGCCACAUUGAGAAAAAGAUUCUCACUUUCCAGGGCAGCAAGACUCAUGGCAUGUUGCCGGGGCUGGAGCCCUUCAGCCACUACACAGUGAACGUGCGAGUGGUCAAUGGGAAAGGCGAGGGUCCAGCCAGCCCCGACAGAGUCUUUAAUACUCCCGAAGGAGUCCCCAGUGCUCCAUCCUCUUUGAAGAUUAUUAAUCCGACACUGGACUCGCUCACUUUGGAAUGGGAUCCACCAAGCCACCCAAACGGCAUUUUGACGGAGUACACCUUAAAAUAUCAGCCAAUUAACAACACACAUGAAUUAGGCCCUCUGGUAGAUUUGAAAAUUCCUGCCAACAAGACAAGGUGGACUCUAAAAAAUUUAAACUUCAGCACCCGGUAUAAGUUUUAUUUCUAUGCACAAACAGCAGCAGGACCAGGAAGCCAAAUAACAGAGGAAGCAGUAACCACUGUGGAUGAAGCUGGUAUUCUUCCACCUGAUGUAGGUGCAGGCAAAGCAAUGGCAAGCCGACAGGUGGAUAUUGCAACUCAGGGCUGGUUCAUUGGUCUAAUGUGUGCUGUCGCUCUCCUCAUCUUAAUUUUGCUGAUUGUUUGCUUCAUCAGAAGAAACAAGGGUGGUAAAUAUCCAGUUAAAGAGAAGGAAGACGCCCGUGCCGACCCUGAAAUCCAGCCUAUGAAGGAAGAUGACGGCACUUUUGGAGAAUACAGUGAUGCAGAAGACCACAAGCCUUUGAAAAAAGGCAGUCGAACACCUUCAGACAGGACUGUGAAAAAAGAAGAUAGUGAUGAUAGCCUAGUUGACUAUGGAGAGGGCGUGAAUGGCCAGUUCAAUGAGGAUGGCUCCUUUAUUGGACAAUACAGUGGUAAGAAAGAGAAGGAACCUGCUGAAGGCAACGAGAGCUCAGAGGCACCUUCUCCUGUCAAUGCCAUGAAUUCAUUUGUUUAAUCUGUAAGCUCUUUGCCAAUAUCCCAUUUCUCUAGAGUGUUUAUCUUAAGCACUUGUUCAUCAGGCUUCUCAUACUAUGAGCAUAGAGGCAGGAAGUAUGUUCUGCUGUAUGUUAAUAUGAUGAGAACAGUUAGAACAAGAACAUAACUCAGUCAUAUGAUAUGUUAAUGUGAACUGCAGUGCAAAAUGCAUACUUUCUCAUUCAAAACAUUCAUUCUUGAUUUCCUUGGUACUGAUAAAAACAGUACAGCAUCGUCAACAGAUCAUGUUAUUUUCUCUUCAGGAUACAGUUCCAUACAAUGCAUGAAAAAUGCUACCCAUUUUAAGGACAUACCUGUGUAUGUUAUUACAACAUGGUUUGAUACUUUGUUUAUACUGUCUUCUGCUGAACCCCGAAAUAUGAAUUCCAUUUUCAUUGUCAAGAGUGUUGCUGUAGUAUUCUCUAGAACUUCAAUGUCUUUGUGGACAUUGUUGUGAAACUGGUGACUAUGUCUAGCUGUUGUGUCUUUUUGGGAGACUGUUAGUAACAAUCUGUACAGUAUAUACUUGCUAAAUGACUUAAUCAUGACAGUUGCAUUUGCUGAUUGCUUACUGAGACUCUGUCACCUGCUCUUUGCUCCUGUUACGUUGUAGCCUUCUUAAUCUUCCAGGUAUUACAGCAGUACAGUGUUCUACUUUUUACACCAUCUCUACCUUCUUGUGCUUAGGCAUCAACGAGGUGUAUUGCAAUGCAUUUGGCAUUCAUGCCAUACUGAAAGAAUCAAAAACAAGUCACUCCACUUAAAUUUCAAAAAUUAUUUCAGAAAGCACAGGGCAAGACACAUGCAGUGCCUUCAGACACUAAGCAUUCCAGAACAUGCUGCCUUCUGUAUCUGCCAGUACAGUCGACUUGGAGUCCUAGAUUACUGUCAAAGUAUAAAAGAAGAGAUAAGGAAAAACUACACUACCGAAAAAAGGAAAUGUGAGAAGAUAAUAAGUAAGACAGUUUGUCUUAAGGAGAAAUUUCCCCAUAUGUAUAAAAAGAAAAGCUUUAUCACCAACUGGAGCGCUUAAUGAUUUUGUGGUCCUUUAUGGUUUCUGUUAAAACAAGUCACAUUCCAUAAGAAAGAUGUCAACUUAGUAGAAAAAUUUUUUUAAAAACAAAAUAUUCCAGAACUAAAUGCAUAUAAUAGCUUGCCGAUAGGCACAUAUUAUUCUCUAAGUCUUUAACUAUGUGGCAGCUUUUGAAACUCUCCAAAGCGUUAAACAAUAUAUAUGCAAAUUGCUACAGACACAUUUCAGAAUCUAAGAAAUCUGACAAGUGCUAGUAAGGCCAACAGUCAAAGGGAAUAGAUGUGCAGUUUCAAAAAUAAACAUAUAUUCCACCAUAUUCAUAAACAAUAUCUAUCAAAUGGUUUACUUCCAAAUAUGAAAUUCUAUAACAACCUAUGGUUGAAGGAAUGCUCAGUUUCAUUUGCCAAUAAAUUGGUUUCUCAUAACUUGCAUCAAGUUUAAUUUUAAUUAAAGCUUUUUAUAUGUAGAUAUUUUGUUGAAUUUGUAAAUACCCUUAAAGUAUAGAUGCUAUAUGCUUAUUGGCAUUACAUACAAAUAAAUAUACAAUGUUUAUGUUGUACUGUAUAAGAAGUUAGCUAAUUAAUACAGUGCGUGGGAUUGAAAAUCAUUUACUUAAAUACCUUUUGGUGUUUUGUUUUCCUUUUUUGCUGUGAAACUGAAAUAGUGUACUAUUCUACAUUUUGACAGCAAAUUUCUAGAUGGACUCUUCAGAGUUUUGCCUAUGGGGUUCAGCAGGCCUAGUCACCUGGCAACUUUGAUAUAUGUAGGUAAAGCACAGUUUGAAGUAAUCCCAGGUAAAGAUGGCCCUAAAUACUCUCAUGUCUCCAGAUUCACUGUUCACAGAUUAGCCUUCCUAAUGGAAAUACAAAAAGGCAGAACAGGCUUGCCCUGGUAUCAGAGAGCACAAAGAUAAAAGUUACUUCAAAUUUGCCAAUGUUUGAGGGAAAAAUAAAAGUACAGUUUUUACUCUUCCAUAAUGGUAGAUGCAAAAGUUAUCUGUGCAUGAAGGAGUCACUUCUGUAAUAGUGCAACAGAUUUUGUAUUAAAAAUUAAGUGUGAUUUUCAAAGUUCCUCUCUCUUUUGUAAUAUAUCAUGUUCCUAGUGGAGUAUGAAUGUCCAAGUAAUGGUAUAUGUAACAGUAUAGGCCAAUGUGAUUGGAUUUCCAUCAAAAAGUAACUAUUAAACAGUCUUAAUCUCAUUGUGAUUUUUAACUUUUUCAAACAUAUAUUUUUUAAUGACUUCUAAAAUAGCACAAAUUUUUAUUUUUGCUUUAAAAAGGCUACUUUAUGCUGAGAAAACACAAUAUCAAACAGAACUAAUAAAACGGCAUAUCAAAUAAUUUUCAUGGAAAGCAGGAGGAGAUAUUGCCAACCGUUUGAGAAACAGUCUGAAAAUCAGAUCUGCUUCCUUUCCUAAAGCCUGGUCCCUCGUGCCUGCUGUCAGCCUCUCUUUUGCUUGCCUGAACCCUCCCCAGCCCUGGGAAACUUGGAUUUCUUAAUCUCUCCUGCUUGAGACAGUUUGGUCAUUUACAAGUAUUACAGGAAUGUCAUCCACCUCCUUUUCUCCAGUCCUGUUCUCAUUGUCUCCAACCUGUCUAGCUCUGCAAACAGCCAAGGUGGAUUUGUUCCUCUUUCCUACCACUUGUCCUUAAUUCCCCUGUCCCUGGUCCCAGCUUUCUGCCCAUGACAUCUGCUUGCACAGAGCUCCCCCUCCCCUCAUGGCUAUUUGGAUAAAAACCUGCUAGGUAAGUCACCUGUAAAAUGCUGUACAGACCUUAGUAGUUCUACCAGGGAGAGCAUGCACUUCUGACCAGCAAAUCAGGACCUCCACCCCACACUGGCGGCCAGAUUCACAGUCCAGUCUCAGGUCACCACCACUCAGGUUAGCAACAGGAGCUGGUAAAUUGUAAGCCUGGCCACAGAAAGCUUCGGUCCAUUGAUGCCUUCUUGUUCAGGUGGUUUAUAAUGGCUCAGCUUUAAUUUUAAUGGCUUAUCUUGGAAAAGGCUGUGGAGGCAAGGGAAAGAAAUACAAAGAACUGAGCACUCGCCUCACCCCAACGAAGUAAAUCUCUCCCUCUCCUGAGAUUUUUCCAACAAUUACCACCAGAGGGCGCCCGAGCUUUAUUCAGUGCAAAGGAGUGGCAGGGAAUGAAGCCUCUGGAGAAACAGUUGGCAAAGCAUUUUUGAUAAUGAGACUAUGUGUGGUCUCAUAAUGCACAAGGUGACUGCCUGCCGCCGCUGGGGAAAUGAGAUUUGCAACUCUCUCUGACGAGUCCACAACUUCCAGGGAGUAAGUCUGUGUCACCGCGGGCCUUGCUAAUCUUCCUCUUGCUGUGGCGGAGGGGUUGGAUGGACAGCCGGUCGGCAGGGGAAGGAGGAGGUGGCAUGUGCGUCCUGGCUCCCACCUGCCACCCCAUCACUGCUGCACGUGGUGGGGGUGAGGGCAGGGGCACGUCCCUAAAAUGGUUUUCCUCCCUUGCCCCUUGUCUGCCACCAGUGGUUUGAUGUUUUGUGAUCAGAUGGUGCAAAACACAUUUAAGCACAGACUGCUUUUAUUUUUCUUAAAAAAGCAGGAGAAAGAGAGAAUACUAUAGAGUUUUUACAUUAAAUAAACCGACAGUUCCCAAAAUAAGGUAGAAAGAGACCAGAUUUACAUUCCAGCUCUGCCAUCACCUAACUGUGUGACCGAACCUCCCACCUCUCCAGGCCUCCAGUUCUUCAGGUUUGAAAUGACAGAAAACAGUGAUUUCUAAUACACCUUUCUGCUUGAAUGCCGCCGUCCCCAGUCACCCCCCUGGGCACCUGCGACAGCCAGGUAUCCUGCUAGGUGGGGAGUGAACAGGAUGAGCAAGCCCAGACGGCGUUCCUGCUCUCGUGGCGCCUGGAGUCCUGGGUGAGAUGACAGACGUCAGUCAAACAACCGCCUAAACGAGUGUGUAACUCCAGACUGAGAUAAGCCCUGUGGAGCGAAGGCUUGCCCUUCCCUGGACAGGUAACAGUGGAGGCUGACCUGUGUGCAGUGGUCAGGAAGGCUUCCCCGAGGAAGUGUGAGAUGAGAGCCAAGGACGAGUGGGUGCGAGGUGGAGAAGGCAGGACAGAGCCGCUGCUCAGCUAAGGCCAGUGUGCCUGGAGCAGACACAAGAGCCAGACCAGGAUGGGUCCUGAGGACUGCAGGACAGGCUUUGUAUCUAUUCCAGGAGCAGUGGAAAGUGGGGAGUAGAUGAAGGGGUUGAGAUAAAGAGUUAGAUGAUCAGCUUUGUGUUGGGGGAGGAGACAGAAUUCACACAGUUUAGUGUGGAGGAUGGGCUGGAAGGGAGUAGAGAGACUGAUAAGACACUGGAAUCUUCACAAGAGAUGGUAGAGGUUGGAUCUGGAUCUUAGCACUGGAGAGAAGGGGGUGGAUUCUCAGAUAUUUAGGAAGAAAAUUGAUGGGAAUAAUAGAUUGGGUAUGGAAAGUUGAGAAACAGGUAAGAAAGAUGGCUCUUAGAUUUCUGAUUUGUCUAACCAAGGCAUGAGGUCCACUUAGGUGAGGACAUCAGGAAAGAACCAGAUUUGGGGAUGAGUUAUGAGUUCAAGUUAAUAAAUGAGCAGUUUGAAGAGCCUCUGAGACAUCCAAGUGGAAAUGACUAGUAGGAAUUGGGUAUCUGGGCUUAAUGCUCAGAAGAAACUUCUACAGUGGUGGGUAGUAACUGAAGCCAUGAGGCAGAGAUGAGAUUGCCUAGGGAGAAAACACAGACAAGAGCUCUAAGGAUCACACUCUAUAAGAAGCUGCACAUGUAAAGGAAGAGGCAGGUGGACCCCCCAGGGGUCAGAGAAGCUGGCAAGAAAUAAGAAGAGUGUAUUGUCGUAGAAGCCAGUGAAAGGGACCAUCUCAAGAACAGGAAAUGGAUUACAGUGUCACAUAAUGUUGAAAAAUCAAGCAAAUGAGGGCUGGAAAAUAUUUUUUGGAUUAGAAGACAUGGAGGUCACCUGAGAUCUUAGUAACAGCUAUUGGGCAUGGUGUGGUAACCGAGUUGAGUACAAGUGGAGGCAAUGAAAUUUGACAUUUCCCACAUGGACAGCCCAUCCAGGACUCACUCAUUUAUAUCUCUACCUCCAUAAUCAUAUAAUCCAAGUAUCCCACUCUCUGCGCACAAUCUCUUUCCAACCCACUGACCCUCUGCUUCCUCUCCAUCUUUCAGUUUAUUCCUUUUUUUUUUCAUCACUUUUCCAGCAUGCAUUUGAAGGCCCAGUAUUUUUGAAACACUCUUGCUUUACCCCAAAGUCCUUUGCCUUUCUGUCUUUCCUAAAUACCUGUGGAGGCUUACUGUCUGCUUUCUCCUGCCUGCCCCAAGCAGCUGAGAGAGAAAACAGAGGUCAGCAUCAUUAGAAAAUCAUAAAUGUCUUCAAUUCUCCAUGCUGCCCAUUAGGCCCACUUGUUUUCCUCAUGUGAACGCAGCUUCGCCCUAGCAGUGACUGUUUCAUAUCCUUUCUACUCUCCCCAAACAUUCAGUCCUACCCCUCUCCCAACCCAGUGUCAAUAAAUCCCUCUCUACACAAUGACUUUCCAUCACAAUUCAC